AUGGAAUCGUCGAAAAUCGCUGCUUACGCUAUCACCACUGCUGUUCUUCUAAUUCUGAUCCCUGUUCUCGUUUUGAGAUUUCUCUGGAAGCGGACAAGAAAGAGGAUUUAUGAAAUACCAUCAUCGAUCCUUGCUCGAGGAAUUUUCAGUGCAACUCAUCUCAUUCCAUUGCUCAUUUUGCUCGUAUGUUUUGGAUAUUUUCAACCGUGGAAUCAAUAUAUUGAAAUGAAUGCGACAAAAGAACAUGUGAAGAGAGAAAUUGAAAGUAGGUUGAAUGGAAAAUGUGGGGAACAGGUCUGA